GUUGAGAAUGCUGGACGUAAUGUUGUCUCAGAGAUUUUGCUGGCAAUUCCUAAUAUGCAGGCAAAGAAUUUGGCAAAUUUGAAAGCAUUUUACAAUGAAGGAAAAGGAAAAGGUUCUGCCAUUAACCUUCCAGUUUCGGAGGUUUACCCAGAGGGGAUGCCCCAUGAAUUGACCUUCCACACCCUGUCAUUAACUGAGGGUCUGGAGAAAGGGAAAAGCCUCUCUGUAAAUGUUCUUACCAUAUUUACUCAUUCCCUGCAGCCAUUCCCUGAGGAAAUCAGUCAAGCGGAUGCCCAGCUUGUUGUUUAUCAGGAUAGUGCCUACUAUUUAUCACCCUAUGUGGUGAAGUCUCAGUCGCUUAAUGUUCUGCUACCUGGUGGACGGGUGGAAUCAUAUACUAAACAUCCCAGUGGAAAACUUGUAGACUCUGAAAUUAAAUAUGGACCUUAUGAGAAACUUCCUCCUUUCUCUUACUCGGCCAUAGUUAUUCAUUUUGAAAACAAUAAUCCAUUUGUGGUUGCUCAAGAAUUAGUGAGGGAGAUAGAGAUUUCUCACUGGGGUAGCAUACAGGUAACUGAACACUACAACCUUGCCCACAAAGGGGCCACUAACAAAGGGGGCUUUUCUAGGCUUGAUUACCAAUCUAGAUCAUAUAUGGGAGGGAGAUCAUCGCUUAGACAACUCAUUGCUAGGUUGCCACCACGAGCCCAUUCUAUUUAUUAUAGGGAUGACAUUGGGAACAUCUCAACAUCUCAUCUUUGGGGAGACUCUAGAAAGACACAGCUGGAAAUCGAACCUAGAUUUCCUAUAUUUGGUGGAUGGAGAACAUCCUUUACCAUUGGCUACGGCUUACCUCUGCAAGAUUUUUUGUUUAUUUCUGAGGGAAACCGUUUUCUGAACAUCACAUUUGGCUGCCCUAUGGAUGAGGUUGUUAUUGAUAAUCUCAUUGUUAAGGUAGUUUUACCUGAAGGAUCCAAAGAAGUUUCUGUUUUGGUUCCAUUUCACACCAAACAAUGGCACGAGACAAAAUAUUCACAUCUGGACCUUAUUGGAAGGCCUGUUAUUGUCUUGAAAAAAACCAAUGUUGUUCCAGAGCAUAAUACCUAUUUUCAGGUUCACUACAAGUUUAACAACCUUUCACUUCAUAGGGAGCCUCUGUUGUUAAUUUCCGGUUUCUUCUUUCUUUUUGUUGCAUGUAUUGCAUACAUGCACGCAGACCUGUCAAUCUCGAAGUUUUCUGCUUCAUAUAUUGCUAAACUUCAGUGGGAUGAGGUGCAAGCUACUGUCCAGCGAAUUCAGAAUGUUAUCAAAAGGUGCUUAUCAGCUCAUGAAAAGCUGGAAACUUCAUUACAAGAUCUCUCUAGGACAGGAGAUUUUCAGUCUUGUAAAGCAACUCGGAAAUUAGCUGAUGGAUUAUUUAAGGAAUUGUCCAAAGAAUUGAAACCCUUGUUGUGUUUUUUGCAAUCAUCUCCUCAGGCGGCUCAAAUAUUGCCCAAGGUUGAGGAGCUGGUUGCCAAGGAGAAGGAAAUGCAAGAAAAAUUAUUGCAGAAACAUGUGACUGUUGUGGACUGUUUUGAGAAGAAAUAUAUAGGCAGAGAAAUCGAGAAUAGGGUUGCUCCUUAUCAACAGAAAUUAUCAAUCUUAAAGCAGGAGGUUGAUGAUCUUCUUGAUUAUAUUGAUGAUAUCUGAUAAAUUGGCUGUUAUAUUAUAUCAACUUUCUUCCCUACAAGAGACAAUUUGUAGGGAAUACCAAAAUUUUGGCUAAGCCAUGUUUUUUUCUUUCUUUAUGAGCAUGAAAGGUAAGUGGAACUUAAGAAGUUGAUGAGUUUUGCAAGCUAGAACUGAUGUAUUUUAAUGAGAUUUUUUUAUCAUGUUGAAUGAAAUGAAACGGCUAACACGCUGUAAUGGUUUUAA